AUGCUCCGAAUCUUUGCUUCACUGCUAUCUUUCUUUCUAGUGUUGGCGUCUGUUGCUGCAGGAACCAAUGAAAAAGGCCUCGCCUUUCUAGAAGCCAACAAGAACAAGCCCGGUGUCAUUACUCUGCCAUCGGGAUUGCAAUACAAGGUUCUCAAGAAGGGUCCAGGUGCCUUUCACCCAACCGCAGACUCCUCUUGCAGCUGUCAUUACGAAGGAACUCUCAUUGAUGGCUCUGUAUUUGAUAGUUCCUAUCAGCGCGGACAACCUACUUCCUUUGCACCCAACCAAGUGAUCAAAGGAUGGACGGAGGCGAUGCAAUUAAUGGUCGAAGGAGACAAGUGGGAGAUGUAUAUUCCAUCCGAAUUGGGAUAUGGUGAUGGGGGAUCCCCUCCCAAGAUUGGAGGUGGAGAUGUCCUUAUCUUUCAAAUGGAAAUCUUGGAUAUUCUUGGAGACAAGGUUCCAGCUUUGCAAUGCAAGGUUGCCGAAGGUGAACAAGACGAGUGUACUGAACGAGAACUCAAGUACAUUGCCAAGACAAAGGAAUGGGCGCCAACCAAGGUAGCAUCAGAAAUCACUCGAGUUCGAACCAUCCUAGGAAAGCCAAUGGCUGAUGACUUGAAAGACUGGGCCAACCGACGUGUUCACAUUCUUCAACAACUAAAAGAUGCAUCGGAUGGAGGAGAACUAUGA